AUGGCUACCACUCAACAAAAUGAUGGAAGAAAUACUACUCCGGUUGAUGCUUCUCCUAAUGUUGUUGGGACACAAGAAGCGGCGGAAAACGCUGCUAAUGUUCGUGGGAAAAAAGAUCCUGCUUGGGAGCAUUUUGCAUUUCAAAAGGAAGGAAGGUCAUGUAUGUACACUUGCCUCUAUUGUGGAACGUCAUACAAAGGCGGGGGAAUAAAUAGAAUGAAGCACCAUCUUGCCGGCAUACCAGGUCAAAUAUUAGCUUGCAAGAAAGUUCCUCCUGAUGUUCGCCAUAGAAUGGUAGCUUUAUUAGAAAGUAUUGAACAAAAGAAAAAUGAAGCCAAGAAUAACCGCAAUGAAGCAUUUGGUGAUGGAGCUAUUGAUGAAGUUAGUCAUGAACUCAAUGCUUGUCCAACUGUAACACCAGCAUCUACUCAAAGCAAAGGAAAAAGGAAAGCUACUGGUGAAAUUGACAAUUACUUUGCUCCAAGAACGACUCCUGGAUCCCAACCAACACUUAAAAGUGUUUUGUCUAGUAAAGAAGCUGUACACAAAGCUAAGAUGGCAAUUGCUAGAUGGUUUUUUGAUGCUUGCAUUCCAUUUAAUGCAUUACAAUCACCAUAUUUUCAGCCAGCAUUGGAUGCAGCUGUUGCCAUUGGCUCUGGUUUUAAAGGUCCAUCUUAUGAUGAAUUAAGGGUCAACUUGUUAGGAGAUUGCAAGAAAGAGUGUCAGUUACUUGUUGAAAGCCACCGGGCCAAUUGGGCUAAGUAUGGAUGUACAAUCAUGGCUGAUGGAUGGAGUGAUCAACGACAAAGAACUUUGAUAAAUUUUAUGGUUUAUUGUCAAACAGGCAUGUCGUUUGUUAAAUCUGUGGAUGCGUCUGAUGUUGUGAAAGAUGCUUCAACAUUGUGCAACUUGUUUUCUGAAGUUAUUGAGUGGGUUGGACCUCAAAACGUGGUUCAUGUUGUCACAGAUAAUGCGGCUAACUAUGUAGCUGCCGGUAAAUUGCUUCAUCAGAAAUAUGAGAACAUUUUUUGGACUCCACGUGCUGCUCAUUGCAUAAAUCUCCUUUUGAAGGAUAUUAGUAGCUUGCCACAUAUUGCAGAUCUUGCCUCAAAAGCUUCUAAGGUGACUAUAUUUAUUUACAAUCAUAUGAUAUUUUUAUCUUGGCUUAGAAAAAGAAGUGGUUGGAAAGAAAUUGUUCGUCCAGGGGUGACUCGGUUUGCUACCACCUUUAUCACAUUGAAAAGUAUUUCUGAUCAUAAGUCUGAUUUGCAAGCUCUAGUUGUUAAUCAACACUUUAUUGGUAAUAAGUUAUCAACGGGUACAGCUGGGAAACGUGUUAGUGAAAUCAUUUUAGAUAAUAAAUUUUGGAGGGAUUGUGAGGUGGUGUCAAAUAUUGCAGCUCCCAUUAUCCGACUACUUAGAAUUGUAGAUGGGGAUGAAAAACCCUCGAUGGGCUAUGUUUAUGAUGGCAUGCAAAGGGCAAAGAACGCAAUCAAGCGGAUGUUCAGGGAUAAGAGUGAAUUGUAUAAGCCGUACACAGAUAUUAUUUCAGCUCGAUGGGAUAAACACCUGAAGCGUACUCUUCAUGCAGCAGCUUACUUUCUAAAUCCUGGAUUCUUUUAUGAUCCAAGUUUUGUUGAAAAGGAUAGAGUUGUGCAGUCACUUGUUGAUUUGUUGGAGGUGAAAAGUCUAUGUGCUAGCUUACCCAAAGCCCUUCUAGAGAUGAAUGUCUAUCGUGAGCGGAAAGAUUCAUUUAGUCGAGCAAGUGCUUUGCAAGCGGCAAGCCAAAUUCAACCCGCUCAAUGGUGGUCAAUAUAUGGGAGUAGUGCUCCAUUGUUACAAAAGAUAGCAAUUCGUAUUCUUAGUCAAACAUCAUCAUCUUCAGGGUGUGAAAGAAAUUGGAGUCUCUUUGAACGCAUCCAUACCAAAAAACGAAAUAGACUUGAACAUCAAAGGCUAAGUGAUCAUGUUUAUAUUACUUAUAACUUGCGUUUGAAGAAAAGGAGUGAAUUGAAGAAGAGAACUUAUGAUCCUGUUGAUUAUGAAUGCAUCAAUAAUGUUGACUUUUGGGUAGUUGAGGAAGAAGCACCUCCUGAGUUUGAUGAUAAUGAGGCUGAGCUUGUGAAUAACAUUUAUGAAGAUGAUGCAAGAGAUGUUGCAGGUGGUGAAGAAGUUGACAUUUCAGAGGAGCCACUGAUGGAGUCAGUUGAUUUUCAAAUUGAGGCAAAUGUUGAAUCAUCGCCGUUUGAUGGAAUAGAGUUCAAUCUUAAUGAUGUUAAUGAUUUUUGA